AUGACCAAACGCAAACUCUCACGCGAGGACGGCGAUGAUGAGAGUGCUGACGCCAAGCGCAGCAAGCAGGGCCAAACAGAGGCGAUACACCAUGGCCAUGAACAUGAUGCGACCCUCGCUGCACCGCCGCCGCCACCACCGCCGCCGCCGGGUGUGCGUGGACCAAGCGAGGCUGUCACCAGCAUGCCCGGACCCGCACAGCUGCCGUCGCACUUGCCGCACGCUGCACGUGUGCCGCCGUACACCCCCACGGGGCAGUAUGUGGACUGGAACCACGCGGCAUAUUCGCUGCCAUUCUCCGAGGCACAGCAACAGCCACAACCGCAGCAGCAGCAACAGCAGCAGCAGCAGCAAGUGCAGCAGCAGGACCAAGCGCAUCAGCGGCAAGAACAAGAAAAAGGGGCGCCGCGGUCCAACAAUGGACUUGCAUCAUCCACAUCAACACCAGCGGGACGAAAGGCGAGCCAGUCUGGCGUGAGCUGGAGCGGGCCAAUGACGCACCACCUGCUGCAUCUGCUGCGCGGAAACGAGUUCCUGCUGGUGACGGGCAAGACAGACAACGAGACAAACAUCCGCAAGCGCAAGGGGUGGGCGCGCAUCUGCGAGCAGCUGCUGAAGAGGUUUCCGCAGGCCAAGCCCUGGCUCACAGCCACGCAGGUCAGGGAGAAGUUCAAGAAGCUCAAGCAGACGUUCACGAAGCACCAGCAGGGAUACUUGGAGAACAAUCGCGCGUACGCGCAGGACCGCAUGCGUGCAGGCAACGGUGGAGGAGGAGGCGGCGGCAUGCGACCGUGGCCCUUCUAUGACGCAAUGGCAGGCCUGUUGGCUGGGCGGUCCGGAACAGGCGCCUCUGCUGUUGUUGCGUCACAGCCGGAUGGACACGUGCUUGUCAACGCAGAUGUACAGGUGAUGCGAUGGGAGGAUGCGGACGCGCCUGUGCAGCCAGCAGACACACAGGCCGUGCACGCUGCGUUACGGCGAAGCAGACAUGGACGCAGCAUCUACGACGCGCCACCGCCUGUAUCCGCGCUCGCGCCAUCGCACGCAGUGGGCACACACGCAAGCAGCAGUGCAAUGCCAGCCAAUAUGGCAUCAGCAGCCGUGCCGCCGCCACUGGCCACAACAGCGGGAGUACCAGCGGCUACCACUGCAGGUGUGAGCGCAAGCAGCACGCUUCUGCCUCAAACCGCUGCCAUGAUACCAGGCCACCCUCCACACGGUGGCGGUGGCGGCAGCGGCGGUGGUGGUGGUGGUGGCACUGUGGAUGUUGGUGCCGCUGGCGUGCUGAACGCUGCCCUGACACACGCGAGGGCGGAUCACAAUGUGGACGAGGAUGACAUGCUGCAGCGGCUCGUCAAAGCAACUGAGGCCGCCGUCGCGCAGCAGGCCGCUUUUCAUCGGGACGUGCUGCAGCAGUUGAACCAGCAAGCGGAGGAGACGCGAAACAUGCUGAGGCAGCUGCUGCAAACCAUGGCACCACGCGCACCCGAGGAAGAGCACUUGCCUGCACAGCCACCAACCUCGACCUCCACUGUCACCUCCACCGCCACUGACGCCACUGCCGACGCGGCAGGGGAAACAACCAGCACAUGAUUUGUUUGCCCCAUCCCCCGAUAAUCAGCCUUCUCCACCAGCAUAGCCACCACUAGUCAGCUAGCUUUGAUUCUUGCGCGCGUGUGCAUUCAUUCGACGUGCCGCCCUCCCUGCUUGUACACACUUUGCGUUGUUACCCUGUCCUGUCGUGAUAGUUCGGCCAAUCAAAUCACGUGUCCCUUCAGACAACUCUGUUUUGUUCUCAUCUGUGUUGGUCCACCUUCACAUCAGCCUGUGACCACACUAUUGCUCCUAGUUGUUUUGUCUCGCUUUGUGGUUUGACGUGACAUGUUGUGCACCCACUGAGCCUUUCUUUCUUUAUUCGGUGAGGUGCUGCGGCACGAAUUAGAAAAGCAAAC